AUGGAAACUUCAAAGAGCAUCAUUUCUUCAGUGGAGUCAUUUCAAAGAAAUGCGGGAAAAGGAAAUGGUCCGCUGUGUGCUCACCUUUCUGCUGUGGAGAUGUACAGAGAUAAGUGGUGGCUCAACCCCUUGUUUAAAAUUGGUCACAAACGGAGAUUAGAAGAAGAUGAUAUGUAUUCGGUGCUUCCAGAAGAUCGCUCAAAGCACCUUGGAGAAGAGUUGCAAGGGUACUGGGAUAAAGAGGUUUUAAGAGCCGAGAAUGACGCACAGAAGCCUUCUUUAACAAAAGCAAUCAUAAAGUGUUACUGGAAACCUUAUUUAAUUUUGGGAAUUUUUACAUUAAUUGAGGAAGGCACCAAAGUAGUUCAGCCCAUAUUUUUGGGGAAAAUUAUUAAUUACUUUGAAGAUUAUGAUCCCACGGACUCUGCGGCUUUGUACACAGCCUACGCCUAUGCCACGGUGCUGACUUUUUGUACUCUCAUCUUGGCCAUAUUGCAUCACUUGUAUUUUUACCACGUUCAGUGUGCUGGCAUGAGGUUAAGAGUAGCUAUGUGCCAUAUGAUUUAUCGGAAGGCACUCCGUCUUAGUAACAUGGCCAUGGGAAAGACAACCACAGGCCAAAUAGUCAAUCUGCUGUCUAAUGAUGUGAACAAAUUUGAUCAGGUAACCGUCUUUUUACACUUUCUAUGGGCAGGACCACUGCAAGCUAUCGCAGUGACUGCCCUUCUCUGGAUGGAAAUAGGAAUCUCGUGUCUUGCUGGGAUGGUAGUUCUAAUUAUUCUUCUGCCUUUGCAAAGCUGCAUUGGAAAGUUGUUCUCAUCACUGCGGAGUAAAACUGCAACUUUCACAGACAUCAGAAUCAGGACCAUGAAUGAAGUUAUAACUGGCAUAAGGAUAAUAAAAAUGUAUGCUUGGGAAAAGUCAUUUGCAGAGCUUAUCACCAAUUUGAGAAGGAAGGAAAUUUCCAAGGUUCUGAGCAGCUCCUACCUCAGAGGGAUGAAUUUGGCGUCGUUUUUUAGUGCAAGCAAAAUCAUUGUAUUUGUGACCUUCACUGCCUACGUGCUCUUUGGCAACGUGAUCACAGCCAGCCGAGUGUUUGUGGCAGUGACGUUGUACGGGGCGGUGCGACUGACAGUCACCCUGUUCUUCCCUUCAGCCAUUGAGAAGGUAUCAGAGGCGAUCGUCAGCAUCCGAAGAAUCCAGGACUUUCUGUUACUUGAUGAGAUAUCACAGUACAAUUCCCAACUGCCAUCAGAUGGUAAAAUGAUGGUGCACAUGCAAGACUUGAGUGCUUUUUGGGAUAAGGCAUUAGAAACCCCAACGCUUCAAGGCCUUUCCUUUACUGUCAGACCCGGUGAAUUGUUAGCUGUGGUCGGACCCGUGGGAGCAGGAAAGUCAUCACUGUUAAGUGCAGUGCUCGGGGAACUGCCCCCGAGUGAGGGCCUUGUCCGCGUGCAUGGAAGAAUCGCCUAUGUUUCUCAGCAGCCCUGGGUGUUUUCAGGAACUGUACGGAGUAAUAUUUUAUUUGGGAAGAAAUAUGAAAAGGAACGAUACGAAAGAGUAAUAAAGGCUUGUGCUUUGAAAAAGGAUUUACAACUUUUGGAGGAUGGCGAUCUGACUGUGAUAGGAGAUCGCGGAACCACACUGAGUGGAGGGCAGAAAGCGCGGGUCAACCUCGCAAGAGCAGUAUAUCAAGAUGCUGACAUCUACCUCCUGGAUGAUCCUCUCAGUGCUGUGGAUGCAGAAGUUAGCAGGCACUUGUUCGAACUGUGUAUUUGUCAAACCUUGCAUGAGAAGAUCACCAUUUUAGUGACUCAUCAGUUGCAGUACCUCAAAGCUGCAAGUCAGAUUCUGAUAUUGAAAGAUGGUGAAAUGGUGCAGAAAGGGACUUACACUGAGUUUCAGAAAUCUGGGGUGGAUUUUGGUUCCCUUUUAAAGAAUGAAAACGAGGAAGCUGAACAUCCUCCAGUCCCGGGGACUCCCACGCUGAGGAACCGGACCUUCUCGGAGUCUUCGGUUUGGUCUCAGCAGUCUUCUAGACCCUCCUUGAAAGAUGGUGCUCUAGAGGGCCAAGAAAUUGAGAAUACACUGGUAAUGGCACCAGAGGAGAGCCGUUCUGAAGGAAAAGUUGGUUUUAAGGCCUACAGGAAUUACUUCACAGCUGGUGCUCAUUGGACUGUCAUCAUUUUCCUUAUUCUCAUAAACCUUGCAGCUCAGGUCGCAUAUGUUCUUCAGGAUUGGUGGCUUUCGUACUGGGCAAACAAACAAAGUAUGCUGAAUGCCACUGUAAAUGGAGGAGGGAAUGUAACUGAGAAGCUAGAUCUUAACUGGUACUUAGGAAUUUAUUCAGGUUUAACUGUAGCCACCGUACUCUUUGGCAUAGCUAGAUCUUUGUUGGUAUUCUACGUCCUUGUUCAUUCUUCCCAAACUUUGCACAACAAAAUGUUCGAGUCAAUUCUGAAAGCUCCAGUAUUAUUCUUUGAUAGAAAUCCAAUAGGAAGAAUUUUAAAUCGUUUUUCCAAAGACAUUGGACAUUUGGAUGAUUUGCUGCCCCUGACAUUUUUAGAUUUCAUCCAGAGACAAUGUCUUGCUAUAUUGCCUAGGCUGGUCUCAAACUCCUGGGCUCAAGCAGUCCUCC